UGACACGGGUGCAAACGUUUGGGUUGUUUGUUAUUGUUUGAGAGGAGUUAUUAUAUUACCUACUAAUCUGCAACCAUGGCGGAACAAAGCACGGGUAGUGAUGGUAGAAAAUUCUCAACAUCUACUGAUUACACACAGUACGGUAUCACAGACAUUCCUAAAACAACUGUACACACGGCGUGGGGGAGGUCACGGACAUUUGCAGGACUCCACUUUAAGGACUGGCUUUUUAUCAGUGUUUCCUUAGUAAAUAUUUUGGCAGCUAUAGGUCUGACGAUCUAUCGUCUUGUAGUGGUCGUUAAGGAAAACUCAGAUUCCCCAGACUUCACCUUUACUGUCCUUUUACUUAUAAAUGCAGCAUUUUGUACCUUUUACAUGUUACAUGGCGUUCUCAGAGAAAGAGCCUAUGAGUUGUAUGUUUUUAUCAUUGCCAUUCUGGUUGUUCUGGUGUACUGUAUAAUUGAGUAUGCUUUCCUCAACGUGGAAGGUCGAACUACUGUAAAACUGGUUCGCAUGAUAGCAGCUUGCAUUUUGGCUCCACCCAACAUUUACCUGGCUUGGUCAGUAGCUCGAGACUUUGGCUAUCUAGAGUUUAAGAUUGUUGGAGCUUCAGAAGUACUUCAAAAUAUGUAUAAACGAGCCUCCAUUUUCUUCUGUUUGAUGAAAUUUGAUCUUCAAGUCACAUCUAGUUUUGUUCUACUGGCGUUGAAAGAGGGGACAAGCUUAGACAUUUUGGAACAGGUAUCCCUUGGUGUAGGGAUUCCUUACACCUUUCUCUGGGGACUUCUUGGAUGGUUUAUGAUGGAGAGAGAAAUAAAGGCAUUGGCAUGGGUAUUUAUGGUCACCGGUCUUGUUAAGCCAAGCUAUUAUAUAUUCAAAAUAGUAAAGGUUUACAUGGACCUCUCUACCAACAAAGACCUUAGUUCCACCAUCAUUUAUUCACUGUUAGCAGCAGGUGCUUUGUGUCUUCUGGUUUGGAUCAUUUUAAUGUUGGAAUUACCUGUGGUUUACAGAAACUUUGGAAAAGGUCUCAAAGAAAAAGCUUUUGCCAAGAAAGUGAAUGAAAGCACUGGAUUGCUCAGCAAUAAAAUCUGAAGUUAUCUUUGAUGACAAUCCUUCUGAAACAGCUUCAUAAUCAAGCACAUAUUGACAACACCAUCCCCCAUGACAAAUAUUUCAUGAAUAUUUUCAUUAUUUUUAGCUCAUGUUUGUAAACUAUUUCACUCUUGUAAGCACACAACAAAUGUGUAAAAGAAUAUGUAAAUUAUACAUGGCUUGGCUUGCAGCUCAUAUUUUUAUGUCAUUGUACAUGUACAUUGUUUUUUCAUGUGCCUUUGUUAACCAUAACACAGUUUUAUAUUCAAAAGGAAGUGCUAAAGUGGGUAUUUUAUCACUUAAAAUUUAUGCUGAAUUAUUGCUCUCAGUUUAUGACUUAAUAUGACACAACUCCCAAACAUUUGAAAUUUUUCAAAUGUUACUGUUGUACAGUCUGUAAAUUUUUUUUAUAUUAAUUUUUUCAGUGAAGGCAGUAUCAAUUACUUAAGGUUACAUUUUUUUAUAGAUUUAGAUUUGUACUUUGUUUAUACUAAAUAGUCAGCUUUUGCUUGAGAGGAGUUGGUGUUACCCUGCUGACUCUGCUGACACAGUGAUCCUAGGUGAUAUACUCAUUAAUUGCGUUAAGUCUUUUAGAUUUACAAUGUGCAUGGAAGUUGUGUACCUAAUGAUCAAAACUCAACACAAAUUGUUUCUGACUUGCUUGACCAGCUUGAUAUGGUUUGCUAAACAUGAGCUGUCUGCACUGGUAAACUUGGCCUAAGUGUUACACAACCACAUGUAUCUUGUAGUUUCUUUCUGUAGCCAAGGUGGUUAACACACCAGCAUGGAGCAAUAAGACAGGAGCCUCCCACCAAUGGAGUCGCUGUGAGCUUGUCUUUCUCAUGCUGGCUUCCUCUCUGGUCGUACAUGGGAAGGUAUGCCAGCAGUCUGCAGAUGGGUGUGGGUUUCCACGAAGCUCUGCUCGAUUUCCUGUCACCAUAAUGCUGGCCGUCAUCAUACAAUUGAAAUAUUCUUGGGUAUGGCGUAAAACACCCAUUCAAUAAAUGAAUAAACUGUACUCCCAAUAUUAUGUGUAUAAUUAUAGUUUAACUGUCGACUUCAUGUGUAGGUUGAUGACCAAACUCUGUGAUAUUUUGUCAGGCUAACAUUGAUCAAAGUAUUUGUCAUUGUGAAGAUUCCGCUGCCUGUCAGUAUUGAGUAUAAUAUAGAAAAAUAUUUUUUUUACCUAUACCUUCUAUAUAACCUGAUAUAAUUACUGUAAUCAGAACAGGUACAUUAUUAAUAUAUCCAAAUGUAAAUAAUCCACAUGACAGUGCGAAAUCUUUUAUUUUAAGUGGUCCUUGGUAUAUUAUUCAUUAUGUUACACUUUGGUGUUUAUGGUCAAUUUACUUUUGAGUAGAAAUUUUUUUUUCAUUAAACAAAAAAUACUUAGUUUUUUUUGUUGCAGUUGAACAGCUGAAAAUUUUAACACAUAUGAAGCUUUGGGUUUAUUUUACAUGCACUUGCUGUCACUGCAGUAUGUAUAUGUUUAUUUUUUCUGGAAAAUAUGAAACUAAUAAUAAACAGUAUCAUAACAUUUUAUAAUAUAAUGGUGAUUAUUUGGCACUUGUUACUUAGAUGUUAUACAAUGAUCAGUAUAUGGUUGACUUUUGACCUUAUUAAAUAGACCAAGAGAACUUUUCCUGUAUUUUCCCACCACUUGUGUUUUAAAAACAGGUUGGAGUUUCACAGUUGACUGUCUUACCUAAAAAAGCCUUCGACAUAUCAAAGAAUGCCUGUGCAAGUUGUUCAGUAAUAAAAACAUUUGAAUCAAUUCUUUAUGCAUUUGGACACCUAUUUGGUCAAUGACAGGCAUAAUAUAAAGAAAA